UUUAUUCCAUACCCAUCAUCAUUGAGAGUACUGCUAGCUCUUGCAGCAGAUCACAGAGAGGACGGGCAAAAAGGUCGACGAUGGAAGCAGCUCAAGAAGUAGUGGUAAAGGGAUCAAAGUGUCAAGACUGUGGGAACCAAGCGAAGAAGGAUUGUGAAUACUCAAGAUGCAGAAGUUGCUGCAAGAACAAAGGCUUUAACUGCCAAACCCAUAUCAGAAGCACUUGGAUUCCUGUGGAUAGAAGGCGCCACCAGAAACUGGAGCAGCAACAACCUCUUCAGGGAGACGAUACUCCUAAAAGGCACAAGCACAACCCAUAUUCAUCAAGUUUAGAGAAGUUCAAAUUUCCAGCUGUUAUGAGUUCCAUGGCGUCAUUCAGCUGCGUUCAGGUGCGUUCUAUAGAUGGCACGGUCAAUGAAAUCGCGUAUCAAGCAACUGUGAACAUUGGAGGACAUGUAUUUAGUGGUCUUCUUUAUGAUCAAGGCCCUGAGCAAAGCUUCAAUGCUAAGGGUGGCAACAUAGGCCCUCUUGAUCAACAACAAAAUCUCAAUCUUUGGAGUGUUUCAAUCCACACUACUCGUGAUGGUGCAAGUGCAACUAUGCCUCCACUAUCAGCCACUGCUGCUCAGGAACCAUUUUUUCCUCCACCACAUCCAUUUCCCCUAGCUUCCUUCAGACCUGAUAUGACAUACAUGUCACACCCUAAACCUUAAUUUAUUUCUAGAUAUUGUGAAACAAAAAUGUGAAGAUAUACUUAAUGAGUUUAAUAUUUAUGUAUAAGAAUAUAAAAUAAUUUUAUAUUAUCA